AGGCAGCGCCGGCAAUGCCCCGGGCCGUGUCCGACGGGGGCGAGACCCUCGACACCGACAUCGCCAGCAGGACGUCGUCGCACCGCCGGAUUGAUGGUGCCCAUCACCACGGCUACAGGGUCGGCUUCCCGCCAAGGAAGAAGCUCCUUGACGAGAUCACCGACGCCGUGAAGGAAACGUUCUUCGCCGACGACCCACUCCGGCAGUACAGGGACCAGCCGAGGUCCAAGAAGCUGCUGCUCGGCCUGCAGCACAUCUUCCCGGUGCUGGACUGGGGCCAGCACUACACCUUCAGCAAGUUCAGGGGCGACUUCAUCUCCGGCCUCACCAUUGCCAGCCUCUGCAUACCCCAGGACAUCGGUUACUCGAAGCUUGCUGGCCUGUUACCACAAUAUGGAUUGUAUAGCAGCUUCGUACCGCCUUUGAUAUACGCGAUGAUGGGAAGUUCCAGGGAUAUAGCCAUUGGUCCAGUGGCUGUCGUUUCGCUGCUGCUCGGCACUCUCCUCCAGAAUGAGAUUGAUCCCAAAAAGCAUCCGGAGGAGUACACACGGCUGGCCUUCACUGCAACGUUCUUCGCUGGGAUCACCCAGGCCGCGCUCGGGUUCCUCAGGCUAGGGUUUAUCAUAGAGUUCUUGUCCCAUGCUGCCAUCGUUGGAUUCAUGGCGGGGGCAGCCAUCACCAUUGCUCUUCAGCAGCUUAAAGGCUUCCUUGGAAUUGCAAACUUCACCAAGAAGACUGACAUCAUUUCGGUCAUGAAAUCGGUCUGGGGAAGUGUUCACCAUGGGUGGAACUGGCAGACGAUAUUGAUCGGAGCAUCCUUCUUGGCAUUCCUCCUGGUUGCCAAAUACAUUGCAAAGAAGAACAAGAAACUCUUUUGGGUGGCUGCGAUCGCACCACUCAUUUCGGUGAUCAUAUCCACCACUUUUGUCUAUAUUACUCGAGCAGACAAGCACGGCGUCGUAAUUGUCAAGUACAUAAAGAAAGGCAUAAAUCCACCUUCAGCUAGUCUCAUAUACUUCACUGGCCCAAAUCUGAUGAAAGGAUUCAAAAUAGGAGUAGUAGCUGGCAUGAUAGGCCUAACAGAAGCGAUUGCAAUAGGAAGAACAUUCGCCGGCCUGAAGGACUACCAGAUUGACGGAAACAAGGAAAUGAUUGCUCUAGGAACAAUGAACAUUGUUGGUUCAAUGACUUCUUGCUAUGUAGCUACAGGUUCUUUCUCGCGAUCAGCCGUCAAUUAUAUGGCUGGCUGCCAAACAGCAGUAUCCAAUAUUGUUAUGUCGAUGGUAGUAAUGCUCACACUGGAGCUGAUCACUCCAUUGUUCAAGUACACACCCAAUGCCAUCCUUUCUGCAAUCAUCAUAUCAGCAGUGCUUAGCCUAAUCGACUACCACACAGCAUACAUUAUCUGGAAGGUUGAUAAAUUAGACUUUCUGGCAUGCUUAGGAGCAUUCUUUGGAGUCAUAUUUUCAUCAGUGGAAUAUGGUCUGCUAAUUGCGGUUGUGAUCUCACUUGCUAAAAUUCUUCUACAAGUUACAAGGCCCAGAACAGUGUUGCUUGGUAAUCUUCCAAGAACUACAAUAUAUAGGAAUAUUGACCAGUAUCCAGAAGCUACCUUGGUACCAGGAGUGGUAAUUGUUAGGGUGGACUCAGCUAUAUACUUCACAAACUCCAACUAUGUUAAAGACAGAAUCCUGAGGUGGCUGAGGGACGAGGAAGAACGUCAACAGGAACAGAAGCUACAGAAAACUGAGUUUCUAAUUGUUGAGCUAUCUCCGGUAAUUGACAUCGACACAAGUGGAAUCCACGCCUUGGAGGAUCUACUUAGGGCACUUGAAAAGCAUAAAAUUCAGCUGAUUCUAGCCAAUCCGGGGCCAGCUGUGAUCCAGAAGCUCCGAUCAGCGAAAUUCACAGACCUCAUCGGUGAAGACAAGAUAUUCCUGACUGUAGGAGACGCGGUGAAGAAAUUUGCUCCUAAGGCAGUGGAGGAUGUCUAAAGAAGGUUUAUCAAGUGAUGUGCAGGCAGAGUACAAAGAAGAUAUUAUCAUUCUUUUGCAAGCUCCAUGUUUGCAGGUGUGAUUUAUAGAGCAGAGCGGCACGGCAAUGCAUAUAACAUAGUUUACAAAAAAUAAAAUAAAGGUGGUGUGCCGAAGUUGGAGCGCAUCAGGUUUGCAAGAUAUUUUUGGAUAAAAAUGCAGAUGGUGGCCUAGUUGCCUACUUCACUACUUCAGUGUCUGUGAAUUGUGUGCUGUGUUGGCAAGCACUUGGGUGACGGUUUGAUGGAUAAGAGAAUAAAAGAAAAUAACACAUUUGCUCGAGUUUUCCAGUGUGGAUCUCCUCCUGAACAUCCUAUUGUAGAACCUCCCUUUCUUUGUACUUGAUCAGGCUUACAGUGAGGUUUGACGUUUUGACUUGUGUGGUUUGUUGAAUCCAUAAAUGUUUUCAGAUUGUUUUUUUUUU